AUAAAAACAGCAUCCCUGAAUCAGUAAGUAGUAGCAGUGUCCGCAAAUACCAAAUAAAUCUCGGUCCGAUUAAGGUUACAACAGCAGCAACCACCUCCGAACAAAACAAAAGAAACCACAACAAUGGGAACAAGAAAGAGACUCGUCUCUUCUUCAACCUCAGAACCUUCUUCAUCUUCCAAUCCUCAACAAACAACACAACCCAACAAUCCUCAACAACAGCAACAAUCCCCAGACCCACCAAUUGCACCUCCCAAAUGGGGUUUUCUUUUAAAGCUAUCUCUCUUUUCUAUUCCUUACUUUUACCUUAUUUACUUCCAUUUCUCUAUCGAUUCAGAGCUUCGAAGAUCCAUCAUCAUCAAUGCUGGAUUGAGUCUUGCAGGUUUCUUUGUUACCGUUAGAAUGAUCCCUGUUGCUUCUAGAUACGUUCUCAAACGAAAUCUAUUUGGAUAUGAUAUUAACAAGAAGGGUACUCUUCAGGGAAAUGUUAAAGUACCUGAGUCAUUGGGUAUAGUUGUUGGUAUUGUCUUCUUGGUUGUGGCAAUCUUAUUUCAGUAUUUCAACUUCACAGCCGAUUCCAAUUGGCUUGUUGAGUACAAUGCUGCUUUAGCAUGCGUCUGUUUCAUGACAUUGCUUGGAUUUGUCGACGAUGUCCUUGAUGUCCCUUGGAGAGUAAAAUUAGUACUACCAUCAAUUGCUGCGCUACCUUUGUUAAUGGCAUAUGCGGGACACACAACUAUAGUUAUACCAAAACCACUUGUACCACAUAUUGGCAUAGAGAUUUUGGAUCUUGGAUGGAUAUAUAAACUAUAUAUGGGGCUAUUGGCCGUUUUCUGCACAAAUUCGAUCAAUAUACAUGCUGGAUUAAACGGACUUGAAGUUGGACAGACAGUGGUUAUCACAUAUGCUAUUCUGAUACACAAUAUUAUGCAAAUUGGAGCAUCAACAGAUCCUGAAUAUAAGCUAGCACACGCAUUCUCGAUUUACUUAGUGCAGCCGCUGCUAGCUACUUCUUUGGCUUUACUUUCGUACAAUUGGUAUCCGUCUUCAGUUUUUGUUGGUGAUACGUAUACAUACUUUGCAGGGAUGACUAUGGCUGUGGUUGGUAUUUUAGGCCAUUUUAGUGAAACACUCUUGAUAUUCUUCCUACCUCAAGUUUUGAACUUUCUCUUGUCACUACCCCAGCUUUCUGGCUACAUUCCAUGCCCACGUCAUCGUCUGCCAAGGUUUGACCCUCAAACUGGACUAUUGACCGGAACAAAUGACGGAACACUCGUUAACUUCUUUCUAAGAAAUUUAGGCCCGAAAUCCGAAAAGUCACUAUGUAUAUAUCUUCUCAUUUUCCAGGGUAUUGCAUGCUGUUUCUGUUUCCUGCUGAGGUAUUUACUUGCUGGUUGGUACAAAUGAAAAACUAAGCUGAUAAAUUAAGAUAUGGAUCAUGAGAAUCACUUGAGAUUGAGAGGCUGAAUUGUUGUAUAAUCAUUUUUGUAGGAAAAUCAUUUUUAGUGUAAUUCAAUAUAGGAAUUUCUUUUGUUACUUGAAUGUUGCAUGAUGCUAAUUAUCACAGCUUCAACAAAUACACACGCAUCUGAACAUGUCAAGAGUUAACUUCAAAUUUAUAUGAUUAUAAGUCUUGUAAUAGCCAGUAUUGUUUACUUUGAAGUAAAACCAUAUUAUAGCUCUUUGUUUAAUCCA